UGCUAUGUUUUUCUGUUUCCUAUGGACCAGGUGAUAUAUGCUGACUUAAACCUACGCAGGAAUUCUGGCCUUGAAAUUUCAUCUCCAUCUCCUCCUCCUCAGAAUAUCUGCCAAGGUUUGUGCAAGCACCAAUUUCCACUAAAAUUUGUCUGUGUUUUGGUUAUUAUUAUUAUUAUCCUGUCUGCAAUAGGGUUUAGUGUUUCAGUCAUGUUAAGACAAAAAUCAUCAACAGAAAAACAUGUUCCAGAGAGUAGGAAGAACACAACAGAGAGGCCCCCUCUGUUAACUUGCACAGAACCGUGGAAACGACAAGGACAGAAAUGCUUGACUUUUUCAUCCACAUCAGACUCUUGGAAUACCAGUCAAACCCACUGUUCCAAAAAGGAAUCCACAUUACUGCUUAUUCAAGAUGCGAAGGAACUGGUAAAUAAUAAAAUGAAGGACUAG